AGUGGCAGAGGCAAGUGGCGGCCAAGCGCAGGAGCAGGGGCAGGGGCAGGAGCGGGGGCGCAGGAGCGCCGGCCGGGAGCUCUCGCAAGGGGCGCACCGCAGCCAAGCCCGCAGAGGAGGAGCGCACCGGCGCGGCAUGGGCUGCGGACCUUCCCAAUCCGCUGAAGACCGGAGACGUGGCCCCACGCCCAGGAAGGGCUGGGAAGAGGGAUUCAAGGCUGAUGUCAGUGUGUCUCAUUCUGGGGAGAAUUGCAGCCCCCAGAUGGAAGCUGUUCUGACCAAGAAUACUGUGGACAUUGCAGAAGGCCUGGGACAAGUCCAGAUGGGAAGCUUACCUGGAACCAUUUUAGAAAAUUCUCCAUCUCCUAGUGAAAGAAACAGACGAGGAAAUUCAGACCUAGUGACCAGUGGGUUAAUCAAUAAACCCCAACCCCUAGAGAUUCGAGAGCGACAGAAGUCAUCAGAUAUCCUGGAGGAACUAAUUGUUCAAGGAAUAAUACAAAGCCACAGCAAAGUACUUAGAAAUGGAGAAUCAUAUGAUGUCAUGGUGAAUAUGACUGAGAAGCCAUUGAGAAAGCCACCUGCCAGGCUAAAAAAACUCAAGAUCAAAAAGCAAGAGAAGGAUUUUACCAUGAGUGACAUCGAGAAGAAGAUGGAGGUUGCCGAAGAGUGCAGGAAGCCUAAAGAAGAGGAAAUAAGAAAAAGGCUACAGAGUGACCGACUUUUGCCUUCAGCCAAUCAUUCAGAUUCAGCUAAACUAGGUGGGGCUGAGGUUGCAUUUGCCAAAGGACUUCAAAGGGUGAGGUGGGCUGGGUUUGAACCGUCUGACCUGCAGGGAGGAAAACCUUGCCAGAGGAAGAAGAGUAAAAGUGAUGCAACCAUGAGUGACAGAAAUGACAGUGAUGAAAGUUUUGGGGUCGUGGAGUCAGACAUGUCUUACAACCAAGCAGAUAACAUAGUCUACUAA